CUCUGAUCGUGAAGGCUGAUCAGCUGAUAUUUCGUUGAGGGCUGUGUGUGGAAUAGCGUUGAAAACUGGGAGCCAGGAGUGGAAGACCAGUAGCUAGCUACAACAAUACUAGAUAUCCAGGAGAAUCCCAUUGAUCGCUGUGCUGAGCAGGUGCACCACACUACGCCAUUAUGGGGGAACUCUUCAGAAGUGAGGAGAUGACCCUGGCCCAGCUCUACCUCCAAUCAGAGUCUGCCUACUGCUGCGUCAGCGAAUUGGGAGAGAUCGGAAUGGUGCAAUUCCGUGAUUUGAACCCAGACGUGAACGUGUUUCAGCGCAAGUUUGUCAACGAAGUGCGUCGAUGUGAGGAGAUGGACCGCAAGCUUCGGUUUGUGGAGAAGGAGAUCAAGAAAGCCAACAUUCCAAUGGUGGACACGGGAGAGAACCCAGAGGUCCCCCUCCCUAGGGACAUGAUUGACCUGGAGGCCACUUUUGAGAAGCUGGAGAAUGAGCUUAAGGAGAUCAACACCAACCAAGAGGCCCUGAAGAAGAACUUCCUAGAGUUGACGGAGCUCAAGCACAUCCUGCGCCGCACCCAGCAAUUCUUCGACGAGGUCAACUCCACUAUGGAGGACCCCAACCUGCUGGAGGAGUCGUCUACCCUGAUGGAUCCCACUGAAGCAGGGACCCGUGCUCCUCUCAGACUGGGGUUUGUUGCCGGGGUGAUCAGCAGGGAGCGCAUUCCCACGUUUGAGAGGAUGCUGUGGAGGGUUUGCCGUGGUAACGUGUUCCUGAGGCAGGCAGACAUUGAAGACUCGCUGGAGGACCCUGCCACGGGUGACCAGGUCUAUAAGUCUGUCUUCAUCAUAUUCUUCCAAGGAGAUCAGCUGAAGACUCGGGUUAAGAAGAUAUGUGAAGGGUUCCGAGCAUCACUGUACCCCUGUCCAGAGACCCCCCAGGAGAGGAAGGAGAUGGCUGCAGGGGUGGCCACCCGUAUCGAUGACCUGCAGAUGGUGCUGAACCAGACGGAGGACCACAGACAGCGGGUCCUGCAGGCUGCAGCCAAGACCGUCAGGGUGUGGUUCAUCAAGGUGAGGAAGAUGAAGGCCGUCUACCACACCCUGAACCUGUGCAACAUCGAUGUCACCCAGAAGUGUCUGAUCGCCGAGGUGUGGUGCCCUGUGUCAGACAUGGACUCAAUCCAGUUCGCCCUGCGGAGAGGCACGGAGAAGAGUGGUUCCACCGUUCCCUCCAUCCUCAACAGGAUGCAGACCAAGCAGACCCCGCCCACCUUCAACAAGACCAACAAGUUCACCUCGGGCUUCCAGAACAUCGUAGACGCCUACGGUAUCGGGAACUACCGCGAGAUGAACCCAGCCCCAUACACCAUCAUCACUUUCCCCUUCCUAUUCGCUGUCAUGUUUGGGGACCUGGGCCACGGGGUGCUCAUGACCUGCGCUGCCCUCUACCUGGUCCUGAGAGAGAGCCGCCUGGUCGCCCAGAAGAACGACAACGAGAUGUUCAGCAUGGUGUUUGCUGGGCGCUACAUCAUCCUACUGAUGGGCAUCUUCUCGAUCUACACCGGCAUCAUCUACAACGACUGUUUCUCCAAGUCCCUCAACCUGUUUGGGUCUGGCUGGAGCGUCAGGCCCAUGUUCGACCCCCGCGCUAACAACCUCACCUGGUCGUUUCAGACACUUGAUGAAAACAAGGUUUUACAGUUGGACCCCGCGGUAAGAGGAGUCUUCAAUGGACCUUACCCCAUUGGCAUUGACCCAAUCUGGAACAUCGCCACCAACAAGCUGACCUUCCUCAACUCCUUCAAGAUGAAGAUGUCAGUGAUCCUGGGGGUCAUCCACAUGCUGUUUGGAGUGUCUCUCAGUCUCUUCAACCAUCUGUAUUUCAAGAAACCCCUGAACAUCUACCUGGGCUUCAUCCCAGAGAUUGUGUUCAUGGCCAGUCUGUUUGGGUACCUGGUCAUCCUGGUCUUCUAUAAGUGGUUGGCCUACGACGCUCACACCUCCAGAAAUGCUCCCAGUCUUCUCAUCGCCUUCAUCAACAUGUUCCUGUUCAACUAUAGCGACCCCACCAACCAACCCCUCUACAGAGGACAGAUGGUUAUUCAGACGCUGCUGGUGUUGAUAGCCCUGGCGUGUGUUCCCUGUAUGUUGAUAGUGAAAACCCUGGUUAUGCGGCGACAGUACCUCUGGCAGAAGAACUUGGGCACCCAGAACUUUGGGGGGAUCCGGGUGGGAAACGGCCCCACGGAGGACCAGGCUGAGAUCCUCCAGCAUGACCAGCUCUCCCAGCACUCGGAGAACGACGAGCAUGAGGCCCCCGAGGAGGAAGUGUUUAACUUUGGGGACGUGGCUGUGCACCAGGCCAUCCACACCAUAGAAUACUGUCUGGGCUGCAUCUCCAACACAGCUUCCUACCUACGCCUAUGGGCCCUCAGCCUGGCCCACGCACAGCUGUCAGAGGUUCUGUGGACCAUGGUGAUGCACCUUGGCCUGUCCUCCAGGAGCUUUGGGGGUUUCGUUGCCCUGUCCAUCAUCUUCGGGGCCUUCGCCGUCCUCACUGUCUGCAUCCUGCUCAUCAUGGAGGGCCUGUCUGCCUUCCUGCACGCACUGCGUCUGCACUGGGUGGAAUUCCAGAAUAAGUUCUACGUAGGCCAGGGCUUCAAGUUCCUCCCGUUCACCUUUGAAAGCAUUCUGGAGGGAAGGUUUGAGGACUGAACACUGUCCUGACCACUGCUCCUAUAACCUCACUCUGUUCCUCUUGACAGCCAAUGUGAUGUUGGUGUAAGGUAGACUCCACCCACCCUGGGUGUUGCCAUAGGAACCCAUGUGAUUAACUCUGAGCUCACUGGUCAGGAUCUUGGGUAAAAUAGCUCUUUCUGAAAAUCUGAAGUUAAUGAUGUCGUUAUUUCACAUCCUGGUGCCGUGAUUGUUUUGUUUGUUGGGUAAAUUAUUUAAUGUGUUUUUGUUGUUGUGAAACCUGUCCAAUGAUGUGUUUGAACCUCACUGUGAGAAUUGCACUUCUGAUCAUUGUAAACAAGGACUAGCUUUCCGGUAGUCUAAAUUGAGUUAAUCUACAGAUUGUCAUUGAUACAGUAGAUGUCCAUGGAAAAUGAGAGAAAAUGGCACCAGGCUCAGAUCCAGUAAAGGAGAUUACUGGAGGGAUUUAAGUGUUUGUUUGUUUUUUAGUUGUCCCUUGUCCUUACAUCUCCCUCUCACAUCGCUGCUCAUAUUAAUACACAGAACACAUAGAAAAAAUGUUCACCCACACAUCAAAUCAGACCGACCUCUACUGUAAAAAAGUCUAAAGGGAAUGAAUUCUACCAUUAUACUCAUGAUAGCAGUUUCUUCUCUAUGUGAUGCAGUGAAUUGAAUCUCUUAUGUAUCAGAGGUAGAUCUUGACACAUGUCCUAUAAUUUUCUGCUAUUUUUGACUUGAUGUGUAUACUGACGGCACCGUUUUCGACUACAUGUUACCCAGUGAACUAUGGGUAACAUGUCUGUCACGUGUCAUAUUAGUGUGGAGUAUUUCAAUAGUGUUGAAAGUAGCUGGAUUUUCUGUAAUAAUCCGUGACUGAGAUUAUUGGUCAUUGUGUGUCUUGUUUUUGUUCCACACCUGUUUAAUGAAUUGUUCACACCGUGACUGUAGGCCCGUGUGAGGGGAGAGGGAAGGGCAGACCACACAACAGGAAUAUGUAAAGGAGAUCAGUGUAUUGUCAUAAAUAUGAGACAUCAACUAAAUCUGUAUAGGAGGGUAGUUGCAUUGAGAAUCUGUAUGUGUUUGUCAUUAAACCUGAAAGAGCUGGUUAAACAACUUAUUACAAUUAUUCUGGCUGGGAUUGGUGGAGGGUCAUGUGUUUCAAGUGAGCAGUUAACAGAUCAAGUAAAUGUUGGGUUUUGAGUGUGGUAAGAUGCCAUUAAGUGGAUAAUAAUUAAUUGAAUGCUAGCACCACACUUUAUUUUUUACAUUUAAUUCCAACACUUUUUGGGGGGGUAUUAUGGCAAACGGUUAAUGCAUUAUGCAUGCUUUCAAAAUCCAUUCACAAACAUCAAGGUCUAAGCCUGUGCUAAAACUGAAACUUUGGCUAUAUGAAUACGGGGUUGACAAAAGCCAAACCAAGGGCACUUUCUGGUGGUUACUGAGUGUAGUGCAGGUAUGGUUUCAGUAUCUAGUUUCUCAGGAGUCCCCAUGAGGGAGCUAUUGGACUGGAGUUAUCACUGGUCAAGCAGCCAAAAGCUUAUUCACUUGAAUCAUUCUAGUAAUGUAAAUGUUAUUCAGUAGACAGUGCUCUGUUCUUCAAAACUAGCUGUCAACGGAAGGAAACUUUAUUUGCGCUGUAAGGGAGCUUUUCCUUGGCUGUCCUACCAGAAUCCGAUAUGUGUAAAAAGGUCUUAAUAACAUCAGCUAAAAUGUCUCGGUGACACAUCAAUUAUUUGAAUGACCUGCUCUACAUGUGUACUUUGUGGCUGGAAUGUGAUAUAUUAAAGCUCCGUGCAAACAGAAAUGAGUCCAGAAACAGCUGAGCCCUUACUGUAACACUCAUCCGCUCUCACAUGAUGGGUCUUUCUUAUAGUAAAACCACUUUUCAUUGCAUAAUGG